CCCCCCCAAAACCCCAACAUCUUCAACCAAAAUCCCCCCCGAAAAACCCAAAAUCCCCAAUCUCUCCUUCCGUUUAUCUCUCUACCCAUUUGUCUCUCUAGGUUUUAGGGUUUUGAGUGUACGAUAUCAUUUGUCUCUCUACCCCGUGACCGAUAUCAUUUUCUGAAGGUUUUGUAGCGCUUCAAUUUGUAGUUGAAUCGCUCAGAUUUGAGACUUCUUGUACCGCUAUUUGCGCGAAAUCGAGAGACCGAGUUAUGUUGGGCCCGUUGGAUCGGUUUGCGAGGCCUUGGGUGAGACAUGUGAUGUAAACAGCUUUAUUGCCAUGGUUGAUGCUGUGGAUACUGCUGGAUGCCCUGGGGAGGAGAUUUUGAAUUGUAACCAGAUUGAUACUGAUGAUGGCGUGGGUUGUGAAGAUGAAAAUGAGGAAGCGGCUACAAUGAUUGUAGAAUCACAUUCAGGAGAUAAAGCUGCAAAUAGUAAUGAUUCAGACUGGAGCAUGGAUUGUUCUACAGUUCUGAGAGUUAAGACGUUACACAUCAGCUCUCCCAUUUUUGCAGCAAAAAGUCUAUUUUUCUAUAAGCUCUUCUCAAAUGGGAUGAGAGAGUCAGAACAGCGGCAUGUCACUUUAUGAAUCAAUGCCUCUGGUAAUGAAGCUCAAGGAUACAG